AUGCCUGUCUACGUCAAGCUCACCGAUCAUGUGCAGGCCGCGGUGCCCGACGGCGACAUCAUGCCGGUGUUCAUCCACCGUGACAUCCUCGCCUCCGCAACCGCGUCCGCGUUGGAUCGGCAAGACCACCGGAGGGCGCCCGCUUGGAGCACCAUCCUCCUCGAGGUGCCAGAGGGCGAGGACGGCGCCGAAGAGGACGCCCUGCUACGGGAGGGGCUGCGCGCGGCGGGCUGCCCUCGUCCGCAGCCGUUCACGCUCAAGCAGAUGACGCAUCUGCAGCUGACGUCCGCAACGUUCGUGCACGGCGGCGUGGCCGCCAUCUCGCGCGCCCUCGCGCGGAUGGGCGUGCCGCUCCCGCCGCCGGACGACUACCCGCACUGCCUGCGCUGCCAGCUGCACCGCCGCAUCUGGACGUCGUCGGUCGGCGAGCUGCUGCGCCACUUUGAUGGGAGCGGCGGGACGAGCAGCGGCGGCGGGCUCGGGGCUGUCUUCGUAAAGCCUCUCGACCGCAGGAAACGCUUCACAGGGUUCGUGGUGGCGCAGCCGGACGACCUGGCCUCGCACGGCCUCACGCGACGCGCGGAGCGGCUGCUGUGCGCCUCCGCCGUCCGCUGGCUCACGGAGUGGCGCGUGUACGUCGCCGAGGGCGAGGUCCUCGCGUGCUGCAACUACGCCGGCGACCCGGCUCUCCAGGUGGAAGCGACCGUAGUGCAGGAAGGCGUCGCUGCAAGGAGUGCUGCGCCUGGAUGCCCCGCGGGCUACGCGCUCGAUUACGGCGUGCUCGACCCGGGGGAUGCCCCGCGCGCCUGA